AUGAUGACCGAAUGUAAAGUCCCUGUAUUUGUUAGUCCCCAAUCGUUAACUUUCAGUUUGGAGGACAAGUCAUCCCACAGACAAAUAAUUACACUAUUUAAUCCAUACGACUUCCCUGUCAGAUUUAAAGUUUUUUGUACUUGCACUAAAAAGUAUACUGUAGUGGAACCAGAAGGUUCCAUAAGUGCCAGUUCUCGAGUGGAUAUAGUUGUCAGGCACAAUGCUCCUGCGCCAGCAUUCUGCGAUAUCAGAGAUAAAUUCCGAAUACAAAUGCAAUAUUAUACUACUAAAAAAGUCAUUGGACACAAAGAUGUUGAAACAAUAUUAGUAAGGUCUUCCGACAAUUUUGAAUUACCACCUGAAAAUUUCAAGCAA